CUGGUCAGUUUUUUGGGUUUUCAUGAAAAUUGGGUGGAUUUUUAUUAGCAUAUAUUGAUUUUACAUGAAAAUAUUGAUUUUUUCCAGGCAUUUUCCACCAAAAAUCUCUUUUUGGUGGAAAAUCAACAAUUCGAUGGUGAAAGGAGCAAAUCGAUGGGAAUUUAAGUAAGUUGAGAUGAUUUGAAAGUAAAAGAGAGAUACAUUUAUGAAAAAUAUUGAUUUUUCCAGGUUUUUCUACCAAAAAUCGAUUUUUGGUAGAAAUCAAGGAGGAUUUCUGGAUGGUCAUCUUGAAUUCCAAUCAUAAAAGUAAGUCAAAAUAUAAACAAAAGGGGAAGAUGACCUAGGUCAAUAACUUCCCAAAAAUCUGACCCGACUUGUCACAUGUCAACUUUUCGCUAGUUAGGUCAUCUCUAAGCCACGCCCCUUUCCCCCUUCCCCUAUUUUCUAGUCAUUCUGUUAUUAUUUACUUUUUCUAUUCACUUUUCUAUUUAUGUUUUUGCAGUUCAAUCAAUUGCAUCAACAUUAUUGGAACAAAUAUGGAAAUGUAAGUUCAUUUUUCGAAAUUUCAUUCAAUAUUUAGAAAAAAGCAUGAAUUUUUGCAGAUUUCGGCGGACAAAACAACAAUCGAUGGAUUUGA